UGUGAACAAUAGUGAGAUCAAUCGUGACAUCUGUCUUGGGGGUUGGGUGGGUGGUCUGGCCAUGGCGGCGCGGCCCGUUUGGCCCGAGGCCGUUUGGCCCGAGGCCGUUUGGCCAGCCCAUGAUGCUGCGAUGCCGCAGCGGCCCGCAGCGGCCGACUGUCUUCCUGGGGGCCAGUGGCGCGCGACAGCUGGAGCUCGCAUUGUCGACUCAUGCUCGCGUCGGUUCUGAUGGCGGCCUGCUGUUCCCGAAGUGUGCGUUAUUCCAAGUGGUUGUAGAUAUAUGCAACGUGCACCCAGACAGCGCCCGCCAGUGCAUCAGGAAGGCCGAGAGAUCUCCCGGGCUGCCUGACUCUGGUUCUGAUGAUCACUAUCCGGUGGCAGUGGUGAUGCUCUCAUUGUCUGCGGGGGGGAUCGACAUCCGAUCUGACUUGUGGGACAGGCAGGUUCGUGCCGCGUUGGCUGCUGCCCCCUCCUUGCACCAACCUCUCGUGGCGCUGCCCGCGCCCGACCCAGAGACAGCGAUGGUUGCCGCGAUUCCCGCGGCGCUGAGCGCGGAGAUCGUACCUGUGCGCAGGCGCGCGCCCACGAUGACCGAGGAGGACUACCUGCGUCUCGACCCGACCGUCAUGGCCAAG